CAGAGCUGGCACUGAGGCUCGGCCGGGCAGGUGCUGUGGAGCCAUGCCCGCAGCUGUGAAGGCUGCCCUGGAGGAGGUGGGCACUCAGGGGCUAGAGCGGGGCAAGCCCAGCUGGGAGGCCUCUGAGCGGGACAGGGACAAGGAGAUGGUGCCCCCCUGCCUGGGGAAGGUGUCCCGGGAGCUGGUGAAGAACUUCCCCCACACCAAGCGCGUGGGCAGCUACCUGGUGGGCAGGAUGAUCAACAAGGGCUCCUUCGCCAAGGUCAUGGAGGGGCUACACAUCAGCACAGGGGAGAAGGUGGCGAUCAAGGUGAUUGACAAGAAGCGCGCGCGGCAGGACGCGUACGUGCAGAAGAACAUGAAGCGUGAGCCGCGCAUCCACCAGAUGAUCCUCCACCCGCACGUGGUGCUGUUGCUGGAGACCCUGGAGACAGAGAACUGCUACUAUAUGGCCAUGGAGCUGUGUGCUGGGGGCGACCUGAUGGAGCGCAUCUGCCAGCACCGGAGGCUGGAGGAGAGGGAGGCCCGCAAGUACACCAGGCAGAUCCUCUCCGCCGUGGAGCACCUGCACAGGCACGGCAUAGUGCACAGGGACCUGAAGAUUGAGAAUUUCCUCCUGGACGAGCACAAUCACAUCAAGAUUGUAGACUUUGGCCUCAGUAACACUCUGAAGGUAGAGUCUGUGGCUGCGGAGCUGCUGUCCACUCAGUGCGGAAGCCCCGCCUACGCCGCCCCAGAGCUCCUCGCCCACAAGAAGUACGGGCCCAAGGUGGACGUGUGGUCAGUGGGUGUGAGCACCUUCGCCAUGUUGACUGGGACUCUGCCGUUUACUGUGGAGCCCUUCAACAUCAAACAGCUCCAUCAGAAGAUGGUGAACGGAGAGAUCAACGCCAUCCCUUCUGACAUCAGCAAAUCGGCAGUACAGUUUGUGUUGUGUCUGCUGGAGCCAGACCCAGAGAAGAGACCAAGCAUCAAAACAGCCAUGGAGGAGAAGUGGCUGAACGAGGGCUACGCCAAGAGACCCCUCCACACUGUCACCUAUAAGAACAGGCUACGACCUGAGGAGCUGAACACGUCCAUUCUGAACUACAUGACGGAGUCUCUGGGUUACGGCCUCUCUGAUGUCAUCCACACCGUCAUCAACAACCGACCCUCAGCCAUCAUGGCCGCCUACCACCUACUGCUCAAGAAACUCCUGAGAGAGCAGAGGGGAGCUAAGGCCAUGAAGAAAGCAGAGACCAGUGAGUGGGGUUUUCCCAGCAAGAACCUGUGGAGAGAGAAGACCAACGUCACACCAAAGAAUCAUCAGCAGGAGCGUAACGGUACACACAUCACUCUGGACCCUCCCCACACCGACACAGCCAAUGGGAGGAGUGCCCGUCAGUCCAGCAAGGUUCCCAGGAGCCAAUCGCAGGAGAGGGAUUCCCUGAGUGGCAGGAAGAGAGCUGAGGAGGUGGCCAGGGAAAAGCAGCCGAGCACAGAGCAGAGAGCUGCUUCACCGUCGCGGCCGUCGGUGGAUGGGAUUGGGGAUGAGGAGAUCGCCAUCACCAUAGAGACCAGAGAGCUGCUGCUUCCUGAAGUCUCUCCACCAAAGUGCUCGUGCAGAGAGGGUUCUGGUUCCAACCUCUGUGACUCCUCCCCCUGUGACAUGCCUAUAGCAACCGACGGCGUUACCAAGGAGCCGUCUCCGCUGUCCAUCAAGCAGUCCCGCCCUGACGUGCUCCUGCCCUCCCACUCGGACGGUUCCCCGGGCGACGAGCCUCUGCCGGCCCAGCAUCAGCACCAUCACCACGGCGACGAGAAGCUGGAGAAGCUCCAGACCUUCUACUCGGACAAAGCCUUUAUGAUGUCUCCCAGGAUGCACCUGGAGAGCCGGGCCGGCCAGCGCUUCAAGGACCUCCUGCUGGCCAUCGAGGAGAAGGCGGCGCCUCCGACGCGUCUCUUCAGCGCCAUGGAAACGACCAACAGCAGCAGCGCCGGCGGUGGCGGCGGUCCUCAAGCCUCGCCCCUCCCGCGUCUGCGCCACGCUGCCGGGCCGCUAAAGGACGCCGUCGUGCCGCGCAAGGUCACCUGGGUGGGGCUGGCACGGGGCGGGGGCGUGGCCCCAGGGCCCGGCUCCUCACCUUUCCUGGUCAACGGCUCCAAGCCGCCGGCCUACGCCAGCCAGCGGCAGCAGGCACUGGUCAUCAAGAGCCUCCGGCACGCCAAGGACAAGAGGAGCAGUGAGGGGCGAGGAGGAGGAGGAGGAGGAGGAGGAGGAGGAGGAGGGGGCAGGAUGAUCACCACGGGCGACGGGACAAAGAGGAACUCGGUCCAGCUGAGGGGUUCUGGACAGCGGCGCGUGGGGGAGUUGAAUCUGCCCAUGCUGCCCACAGCCUUGCACAGCAAAGCCAGCAAGAAGAGCGAGCUGCUGCGCAUGGACUUCAGCUGA